CAAUCCAUUACAGAGCAAUCGAUGUGCAAAGUAAACAGAGCCACAUCUAUUGCAAGCAAGCGCGCAGCAUUACGCACAACGGAUCACGGUUUCUUAACAUUUUCUGAUCAUUUUUCAAUUUGUAAAAUUUGUAAAAUCGAACAAAAUGUGGAGCAGUGUUCCAAAGCAUCCCAAACGAAGUCGAUUCAGUCUUUCUGAAGAUUUGGAGGAGAUGGAUAGUAGUGAAAGUGACGGCGAAAGUGAUCAACUUUCUGGGUUGGAGAGCGCUGAUUCAAUGUCUGAAGCAGCAUUUGAAGAUGGAUUGGAUCCUCUUCAGGAUUUUGAGGACACUGAAGAAAACCCUCCCCUCUCAACAAGUGAGAGUUUUGAUGUUUCUCAGCAGAAAAGGAGACGAUCCAUUCCCACCCCUCUCCCUUAUAUCACCUCAAGCAUGCCUGCAAGACCAGUUGAGAGCAGGCGGGCAAGCACCCCCACCCCCACAACCUCAGACCCUGAGGAGAGGUGGAAAUUUGUAACUGAGGACGACGUCGAACCUGUGCAGCACCGCUUCUGUCCUGCACGAGCACCUGGAGCACAACUGGAUACUUCAAAAAAGUAUUCCCCGCUAGACCUCUUCCAGCUUUACUUCAGCAUGAACGUCGUUCAGUCUUUGUGUACAAACACAAAUAAAAAUGGAAAAAAGCAGCAGGCCCAGGGGAAAAAAUACCAGUGGGAUCCAGUUUCAAUCAAGGAGCUCUACCAGUUUUUAGGAAUCCUAAUUUUCAUGGGGCUACUGACAACUCACACCGUGAGGGAUUACUGGAGUCCACGUAGGCCUUAUGGAAUCCCAUUCUGUCACACUGUGAUGUCCAGGAAGAGAUAUGAAGCCAUCGCUUGGACUCUGCACAUAAGUGACUCAGAGGAAGAUAAAGAGAAUGAUCAGAAGAAAGGAACUCCACAACACGAUCGCCUCUUCCGUCUCAGACCCCUCUUGGAUUCCCUCCUCCUGUCCUGCAAGGCAUACUACCACCCCCGACAGAACCUUUCAAUUGAUGAACGCAUGGUGGCCUCAAAAGCCAGGAUCGGGUUCAAGCAGUACAUGAAAGCAAAGCCGAUAAAAUGGGGCUUCAAGCUGUUCGUGCUGGCUGAUGCCCACAACGGGUACACAUGUGAUUUCAACAUCUACACAGGAAAAUCCAAAUCAGAUUCUGGUAAAGGACUGAGUUAUGACUCCGUUAUGAACCUCAUAAAGGUGUCAUACUUAGGCACAGGGUACCAUGUGUAUGUUGACAAUUUCUACACCAGCACAACACUGUUUCGGGACCUUUACAAGCUCAAAUUUGGAGCAUGUGGGACCAUUAGAGAAACUCUUCAGGGCUUCCCACAGACAAAAGAAAACGCCCUCCCUAAAAAAGCUGAUAGGGGGACAAUUCGCUGGAUACGAAGUGACAAACUGCUGUACACCAAGUGGAUGGAUACACGUGAAGUGACGAUGUGCAGUUCCAUUCAUAAAGUGUACACAGGAGACAAAGUCCAGAGACGGGUAAGGAAUGAAGAUGGGACUUGGGGAAUGCGGAAUGUUCCUGUUCCUACUCCUGUAAAGGCCUACAAUCAGCACAUGGGAGGAGUGGAUUUGUCAGAUGCCCUUAUAAAAUACUACAACAUGGCACAGAAAACACAAAAGUGGUACAAGAAAAUUUUUUAUCAUUUCAUUGACAUUGCUGUUGUCAACAGUUUUUUGCUUCAUAAGGAAUUGGCACAGGCUCAAACUACAAAGGCACUUUCACAGAAAACGUUUAGAGAGGAGCUAUGCAAGCAGCUGGUGGACAUCAGGCUUGUGGAGCAGGAGGCCAGUGUGAGUACAGGUAAACUCUGUGUCCCUGUAGCCAUUACAGAGGGCAAGGAACUCGACCCCUCCAUGAAGACCUCCUUCGGGCGUAGACACUGUGCUUUGUGCAAUGAAGGGAAACUCAGGAACAAAACGCCCUGGAAAUGCGAAGCCUGUGAUGUGCCAUUAUGUGUCAUUGUGGACAGAAACUGCUUCAAGAAAUGGCACAUGCGUUAGGAAAAAAAAACUUUAUAGCAACUUAGGGAUGUAAGUAGUUCAUUUGUUCAUUUUGUACAGUUCGUGGUGUUAUUAGGUUUUUGUUCAGUUGUAUUCAUUGUUUGAAAAAGAAAAUAUUUGAUUUGAAGUAAACACUUUUUUUUGAAAAAAAAAAAAAUCUUCGUUAUUUUGCUUCUUGACAUUUACAUACUUUCAAGUGAGUAACAAAAAUACAGAAUCAAGUACUGAAAAUUCAGAGCUUCAGAAAAGUCUCAGUAGCAACAUUCUCCUGCACAAACAGACAGUUAUGUGAGAGCAAUGUGCCUGACAGUUGUGGCAUAUGGAUUGAGAGGAUUUGUCAUGAAUACUCAUCAUGGAUACAUUUCGGGCACCACAAAGCUCUCCAAAAAGGCCACCUUUUGAAUGAAAUAUUGGACAAAAAAAAAAAAGAGGAUUACAAAAACCUAAUUCAUGUGGCAAUGGAUAGCAUGUGAGGUGCCAGAAGUUCACAUCCCUUUUAGAACUUGCUCAAGAAACUAGUGUAUCACUGGACAUAAAGAUUUACACAAUGUUCAUUUUUGGAGAGGUUUGGAGAGGUUUGUAAAAACUCCUGUAGAAUUUGAUCCCUUUGUUCAAACAGUUCCAAAUUUACCCAGUAUAGUAGACAAGUUGGUGAAGCACUGGAAAAAAAUCUGGCUCUUUUCAUAUGCUCCAAGUUGAAAAAAUACUAUAGAACAUAAAAAAAUGAAAAGCGUUUGUUGUUUUUUUAUGUAUUUUUUCUGGAUAUCUCCUUCCAGUGUGGUACUGAGUAAGACUUUUAUCACACCUGAGGUUUUAGUCCUGAUGCCCAAGGGGUUACCUUGAAUUCAAGCCCUGAACCAUGCCUGUGCUGUCUAUACUUUAGAAGAUAUUGUGAUUUAUUUAAGGGCACAGCCCCCCAGGCGGAAAUUGCCUGUGAGGGGCUGGGGUUUUAACAAGUUAAAUGCAGAUUCAGUGCAGACUCUGACCAGUUUAACCAAUGAUCUUUUAAGAAUGAGCUCUGUGAACGCACGCAUUGGAUAAAUCGGUCAGAGUCUGCACAGAAUCUGCUCUGAAUGAUCCCCGUGAACGCACCCAAAAAUCUCCUAUCAGCCGCACACACGCCGUUGCACAGCUGUGAAAACAUUUUGUAAACUAGUCUCAAGUAUGCUACCCCCGUUUGUAGUUAUUUUUUUGACUUACUGAAAUACCGGGCUGCAUUAGGAAAUGCAUCACAGCGUCUUUCAAUAUGGAGAGUGCUGAAUUAACGUCAUUGUGUUUAAAUGCAUUAAUCAACCUCCCACAAAACUAUGUUAUUAAUGAGGAAAUAAAUGAUUGACACAACAUUAUAUGUUGUUGAUGACAUUAAGAUCAUAAUCCCAUCAUGAUGAGAUAUAUUAUAUAUUUUAUGUGAAAGCAUAUAGAAAACUGUAUAUUUUGUGAUUUUCCCUGUAUUUUAAACACAAUAUUAAUAAAAAAUACAGUCACAAAACACAAAUUACAAAAUACAAUCACAACUCUAAGUCGCCCUGGGUAAGGGUGUCUGCUAAGAAAAUAAAUAAUAUGAGCUCCCCAGUGUCCCAAUGAGGAAAUCCCCAGCCAGAUCCUUAAAAGCACACCUCACCUGCGAGAGCUACCCAACUGGAAACUUUACAUCGAUUGCUUACAAAUGUAGCAGCACUUGUAACUUUUGGCAGAAACGACAAUAAGAAGAAGGGAGUUCCCAUACGAGACCAGUAUGUUUGUGUUACCAUGUAGACAUAACAAUGCAAGUCUAAUAUUGACCAGACUGCACCCAGCUCCCUCCAGACCCUCAUCUCUCCCUACACCCCCACUCGACCUCUCCGCUCCUCCUGCACUAAAAGACUGGCUCUACCUCCUUUACGCUCCCCUGCCUCCAGAGCCCGCUCCUUCUCCACCCUCUCUCCGCAGUGGUGGAACGACCUUCCUACAGAUGUCAGGACUGCCCAAUCCCUGACCACAUUCCGGCUCCUCCUCAAGACUCACCUCUUCAGACAGCACCUAUAGAACUCCUCUGUUUUUUUCCCUCUGAUCACUUUAUCACCUUCCUUAAUGCGAUUUACUUGCUCUUAUCUGCCCCUAUUUUACUGCAUUUAAUCCUGUACUUUAGAGUACUGUAAUCUGUCAAGUGUUAUUUAAUCUGUAGUAUUUUGUAUUUAAUUAUAUCCUGAUGUAACUAUCACUGACACUGUUAUCUGCUCUGAUAUUGAAUCGUAUUUUGUCACACUUGUACUUGCUUGAACCAAAGUCAUUGUAUUUAUCUUGCUCUUAAUUAUAUUAAUACUUGUACUGUGAUUCUUGAAAUGUAUUUUUGUUUAUGACUGUAAGUCGUCCUGGAUAAGGGCGUCUGCUAAGAAAUAAAUAAUAAUAAUAAUAAUAU